AUGGAGCAUGAACCUCAAGAUGGACUUGUUAUAAUAGUAAUGAGUUUUGUAUUCAUAUCAGUAUGUGAUGAUUUUAUUUUGCAGAGGAAGCACAAGAAAUGUUUGACCUGUUUAAGAUUAUUGGGAGAAAAACUGCAUUCUAAUAAAGUGCCAAUAACAUUAGGACCAGACAAAUUGCCGUGUCCUGUGGAAUUAGUUUUACCUUCUCCUGUGAUUGAUUCCUAUAGAAACAAAGAUGAGUUUAGCAUUGGGCCAGGCGUAGAUGGCAGUGAAAAAACUGUGGGUUUUUAUGUAAAUAGUGGUGUAGAUCAUCCAAGUAAAUAUUGCAUAAAUCCUGAUGAAAUAAGCAUUAUUAAAGACAGCCAUAAAGCAUUAAUUAAAGAUUUUCAAAAUUAUAUCAGGCAGUCUUCAUUACCUGCAAGUAUAAUGCAUGAUGAUGGAGGAUACUGGAGAAAUAUUUCUGUUCGCUCUAAUGAAAAAAAUGAUUUGAUGGCUGUUGUUGUGAUGAACCCACAAGCAUUAACAAAAGAAGAACUGCAGACUGAGAAAGAAAAACUCAAAAACUACUUUUCAACUAUACCAAAGUCCUAUAAUCUUAGAUCAUUAUAUUUUCAAGCAUGCUCUCUAUCAUCUCCUGGUCAUGAACAGGCUCCAUUUGAACUGCUGCUUGGGGAACCAUGUGUUAUUGAAGAGCUGAAUGGUCUGAAGCUUCGUAUUUCACCAGGAUCAUAUUUCUUAACAAACACUAAAAUUGUUGAAAGUGUGAAUGACACAUUAUUGAAACUAUGCAAAGUUAAAAACUCCACAACUGUUAUUGAUGUUUGCUGUGGCAUAGGUCCUCUUAGCUUGUCAUUUUCACGUAAGGUUAAGAGGUGCAUUGGAAUAGAUGCUUCUGCUGAAGCAAUUAACGAUGCAAAUGUGAAUGCUGCGGCAAACAAUAAAGGUAAUGUUGACUUUAUUCAAGGUUGUGUUGAACAUCUUUUAAAAAUUAUCUUAAAUGAUGCAUUUCAUGAAGAUUUAUUAGUUGUCAUCAAUCCAUCAAAGAUUAAUUUACGUAAGACAAUUGUUAAUUCUUUACGUGAAUGCAAGCAUUUGAAGAAAAUAAUUUAUAUAUCCACAAAACCUCAAAAUUCAUUGGAAGACUUUGUUCAAUUAUGCAAGCCUUGUGGACUACGUGACCACUUCGGAAAACCUUUUUAUCCAAUUUUAGCUGUACCAGUUGACUUCUUUCCUCAAACAGACCAUUUCGGACUGAUUCUUAUGCUUCAAAGACUGUAAUUGAAUAAAUUUAAAUUGUGUAGCA